AUGGCUGGGACUUCACGUGACUAUGCCUCAACUGGUGACAAUGGAAGGAAGACACGUGUAGAUUGCGUGCGUAAUAUGCCCAAAGACCGGGUAGAGACUCGGGUAGGUGGUAUAGGAAGUGAUGGGUUGAUCUCGGGGAAUGAAUUGGGCUGCCACUUAAGCCAGACAGAUGGGACGGUUAAGAGUAAAGCCAAAAACUCAAGGUCACCCCAAGUUAAAAAAAGUUCCAAUACUAGAGAAACCAAGUCCUUAAAACGCUCCAGUCCUGAGCCAAGCACGAAAUCGUCCAAGUCCACUCCUUCAACCUCAACUUCUUCUUCCUCCAGCUCCCUCCAUGGACCGCUCCAGCAGAAGGCCACCACCUUUCCCCUCCUCGGGCUGGGCACUGUGGCACAAGAACAAGGCAGUAGUUAUUCCAGACGAAGUAAUUGCUCAGACUCGGUCAGCUCCCAUGAUCACAAUGGGCGGAACCGAAGAGAAUCUUUGCACAACAUGGAAACACAUAUUUCCAAUCACUCCAGAGAGCAUGAGAACAGGGAAUCUGGCAUUGGAUCACUUAGCGUGGGGAACAACACCAAAUCCUUGGUGGAAAUUUCUCACAGACAAGCCAUUGAUCUCGGAAGUGGAAGCGGAGGCAUUGAACAAGCUCAAGCGGCCAUUAGUGCCGCCCCACUUGGACAAGUCGGGUUGGCUGAUACAGGAGAGAAAAGUAAUAGAUUUCAGGGGUUCAGCAACAGCGCACCUGGGGAAUUUUCCCACGUUGAAACUGUUCCAAGUGCUCAAAACAGUAAUGAGUUGCGAUCUCCUGGUUUGCUGCAGAGAGGAAGUGAAGGGGAUACUGAACUACCUAACAGUAUGGAAACUAGAUUGGACAGCUUCCAAAGACCUUCUUCGAAGGAUGGGAUGGAGCAUGAUAGCAACAUCAAUAAUGGGAACUAA